AUUGACUAAAACUCAUUCGUUAUUCAACUUUUAAAUGGUAUCAACCGAAUUUCAAUUAAUCUUGUUAUUUUCAAGCAUAAUUCACGACUUUGCACAAAGCCAAAAUGAGAGUUAGUCAUUGCUGUCGACUUCAUUACUUCAAUGACUUGAAAAUUGGUGGCCUGAUUAUCGGCUUUUUUGAAGUAGCACUCGGAAUCGCCUUAAUCAUCAUCGAUUUGACGAAUCCCAAAUACUUUAUACCAGCUGUUAUUCGUCUGGUGUUUAGUGUUUGUUGGCUCUAUGGAAUCGAAAAAUCUCGGCCAAAUUACAUGUUCCCCAACCUGGUAGUGUCAUCGGUUUCGGUUUUGCUUCUUCUAAUUGGCAUUAUUGUUGUUAUGUUUGUGCUAGUGUAUCUAGUAUUUUUUAAUAAGCCCAUUCCGAACAUCGAUGGCAUACCCAUUAUUGUCCUCAUUACAUUCAUUCUGUGCUGCUUCACACUUGUUUAUUCGUACAUGUGGGUUAUCAUACACUCCGUCUACAAAGCUGUGAAAGAUUUUCCUCAAGGACAGAUAUCUCGGAACUACUCUCAAAUUACGGCCCAACACUGACCGAUUUCAUCGUCCAAAUGAAUCGAUUUUUUUAUAACUGUGAUAUUUAUCGUUGAAAUCUAGAUGUGAACAUUUGGAAUUUCCCAAAAACGUUUUUGGAACAUUUCAACGUCUUACUGUGACAGCGAAAGAAAACGACAUUGCCGGAUUGAUUUGAUUGUGCUUGUGGAUAGCUUAUCGCAUUGGCGAAAAUUAAAAGCAAACGAAUAUUGAAUAUUUUGAGUUUGUAAAUUCAACAAAAUUCAUGCACAUUAGACUUUAUACUCAGAUUCAAUUCGCUUGAACAAUGAAGUUCAAACUAACGGGUGAUAUCAAAUGAACCAAUUGACUCAUGACUUCCAGCCGACCAAAACAAGCUAAUACCGGGUUUUAAAAAAGAGAGAAAAAUCUAACUUGUGCUGAGUUACUAUUUUGUGACCCAUGUAUUUAUUCAAUUUGUACAAUCCAUGUGUUGCACAAUAUUAUUUGUACUCUUAUUAAAACAAAUUCCAUACAAA